AUGGAGUUUAUAUGGCUAUGUGGCAUUUUUGUUGCUAUGUUAGCAACACUUUGCCUCUUGUUGCUCUUGAUACUAACAUUUUCUUGGUGGGUUUUCCCUAUCCAAAUCCACAAGAAGCUUAUAAGAAAUGGGUUUCAAGGGCCAACUCCAAGCUUUCCACUUGGAAACAUUGAAGAGAUGAAAAGAAAAAAUAUCAUAAAAUCUUCACUUGAAUCCUCAAAUCUCACACAUGAUAUUCACUCGAAAGUUUUUCCAUACUUUUCUUCAUGGCAAAAAUCACAUGGUAAAGUAUUUGUGUAUUGGCUAGGGACGGAACCGUUUUUGUACAUUGCAGAUGCAGAAUUCUUGAAGAAAAUGUCAACAGAAGUGAUGGCAAAGAGAUGGGGAAAACCUAAUGUUUUUAGAAAUGAUAGAGAUCCAAUGUUUGGAAGUGGUUUGGUUAUGGUAGAGGGAAAUGAUUGGGUUCGUCAUCGUCACAUUGUUGCACCAGCAUUCAAUCCUCUUAACCUCAAGGUGAUGGCAAACAUGAUGAUUGACUCCACAAAUCAAAUGAUAAAUAAAUGGACUAACCAAAUAAACUUUGGCAACCUUGAAAUUGAUGUGGAGAAAGAAAUCAUAACAAUAGCUGGAGAGAUUAUAGCAAAAACAAGUUUUGGUGUGGAAGAUGAAAAUGCUAAAGAGGUUUUUACCAAAUUAAGAGCCUUACAAAUGACUCUCUUUAACACCACUCGAUAUGUAGGUGUUCCCUUUGGCAAGUUUUUUAAUGUAAAAAAAGACAUGGAGGCUAAGAAACUUGGCAAAGAAAUAGACAAACUCUUAUUGUCAAUUGUAGAAGCUAGGAAAAGUUCAACUAAAAUGAAUUCUCAAAAGGAUUUAUUAGGGUUAUUGCUACAAGAAAAUAAUCAUGUUGACCGAUUGGGGAAGACAUUAACAUCAAGAGAAGUGGUUGAUGAAUGCAAAACUUUCUUUUUUGGUGGACAUGAAACAACAGCACUUGCUAUCACAUGGACUUUGUUGCUUCUAGCCAUGCAUGAAGAUUGGCAGAAUCAAUUAAGAGAAGAGAUUAAAGAAGUGGUGGGAAAUAAUGAGAUUGAUAUCACUAUGCUUGCUGGUUUAAAAAAGAUGAAGUGGGUGAUGAAUGAAGUUCUAAGACUAUACCCACCAGCACCAAAUGUGCAGAGACAAGCAAGAGAAGACAUUCGAGUUGAUGAUGUAACAGUGCCUAACGGAACAAACAUGUGGAUCGAUGUUGUAGCGAUGCACCACGAUCUUGAAUUAUGGGGAGAAGAUGUGAAUGAGUUCAAACCAGAGAGGUUCAUGGAUGAUGUGAAUGGUGGAUGCAAACACAAAAUGGGGUAUUUGCCAUUCGGAUUUGGAGGGAGAAUGUGUGUGGGUAGAAACUUGACAUUUAUGGAGUACAAGAUAGUAUUAACAAUACUUCUCUCUAGUUUUACUUUUAAGGUUUCUCCAAGUUACCAACAUUCGCCAGCCAUCAUGCUCUCUCUUAGGCCUACUCAUGGACUUCCACUCAUUGUUGAACCCCUUAAUUAG